AAUGGAGUCAGACAUCUCACAAGCCUUCCAGAAAGAACUCACCUGCUUCAUCUGCCUGAGCUGCCUGACAGACCCAGUCACCAUAAGCUGUGGUCACAGCUUCUGUCAAGCCUGCCUCCACCUUUCCUGGGAAGACAUCGAAUGUCCUGUCCAAUGCCCUAUGUGCAGGGAACCAGCCCAGAAGAAGGGCUUGAGAACUAACAUUGUUCUGAAGGAGCUGGUGUCCAUUGCCAGAAAAGCCAGCCUCAUGAAGGACCUGAGCUCUGAGGAGCAUAAGUGUGUGACUCACAUGGAAACAAAGAGGAUCUUCUGUGCUGAGAACAGGAUCUUCCUCUGUCAACUCUGCUCAAACUCCCACGAGCACAGAGGACACAGACACUGUCCCACUGAAGUAGCUGCUGAGGAUCAAAUGCAAAGACUUCUAGAGCAAAUGACAUGUUUAUGGGAGAAGAUUCAAGAAAAUCAAGAGAAUAUAAAGGCAGAGAACAGAAUGAUAACUUUGUGGAUGGAGGAUGGAAUGAGGGAGGACAAAAUACUUUGCAAAUAUGAUUGGGAAUGUUUUUUUCUUCAGGACUACUUGACUUUUCGGGAAGAAAUGAUCAGGACAGAGUAUAGAAAGCUACAUCCACUCCUCUGUGAAGAGGAAGAGAAACACAUUGAGUCUAUGGGAAAUGAAGGCCAAUUUGUUUUAGAGAAACUCAAGACAAGUGAAGCCAUGAUGUUCCAAAAGAACAAAGAACUAAGAGACAUGUAUCAGGAGCUGAUGGCAAUGUCCCAGGAGCCAUAUGUGGUCCUGCUGCAGGGUUUGGACGACAUGUUCAGAAGGAGUGAGUCAACGCAGCUAAGCAUGCCUCAGACUACGAACCCAGAACUCAAUGCCCUACCCAUCACUGGACUGACUGAAAGUUACAAACAGUUCCAAGUUCACAUUUUCUUUGAAAAUACAAUCGUAUUCCAUCACAAAAUGAACAUAUUUAAUGCCAUGAGAAGAUUUAUCUUUCGACCUCACCAUAAAGAUACACCUGCAGAUUCUGCUGGAUGCUAUUUUGCUUCCUGGAGAUCAAAGAACUCCUUCACUUCUGGGAGAUAUUACUGGGAACUGGAUUUGAAGGACACUUGGGACUGGGCUGUGGGGUUCUGUAAGGAUUCCUGGUUAAGGAACAGAAACCAACUGACUGACUAUGAAGGUGCAUUUCUUCUUGUGUGUGUGAAGGAGGGUAGUCAUUAUAGUCUCCUCACCACGUGCCCAGUAUUCCAGCACUAUAUAAAGAAGCCAAUAGGUCGAGUUGGGGUGCUCCUUGAUUGUGUGGAUGGAAGUUUAAGUUUCCUGAAUGUUGCUCGGAGUUCUCUCAUAUACAGGUACCCCCCUGGUACCUUUAAUUAUCAGGUCAAGCCUUUCUUCCUCACUGGCUACACUUGGUCAUAG